AAAAGAUGGCGGCUGGCGGCUAUUUUGAGUCGUCUGAAAAUUCACUAAAACAGCUGUAAGUAAAACGACUUAUUUCCUCAAAAUAGCCAAACAACAUGACAAAACACCAUACUCUUCCGAAAACUCUUGAAAAUGCUGGAGAAUUUCGUCUGUUCAUUUAUGAAUUGACUGAGUCCAAGAUGUUUGGCGGCGCCAUCUUGGUCGUCAUUCUCCUCAAUACUGUUAUUCUUGUUACCCAAACAGACGAAGCCAUUUCUGUUAAAGCAGGAUGGUAUUUUUCCUCGUUGGACAACGUUUUUCUUGCCAUCUACUUCGUUGAAAUUGUUCUCAAACUUUACGCCUUACGAAGUGCAUUCUUCAGCAGUGGUUGGAAUAUAAUGGAUGGUUUGAUCGUCCUCUUUACAACUAUCGACUUUCUUCUGCCCUUGAUCGUACAGAAUGUCAGUUCGUUCGAUGUAGCAGCUAUAUUCAGGCUGCUUCGUAUGUUCAGAGCUAUCAGAGCUUUACGAGCAUUAAGAGUACUAAGGACUAUAAGGUUCUUAAAGAAUCUACAAGUGAUAAUGACAACAGUCCUCAAGUCAUUUCGCGCCCUCAGUACGAUUGUUAUGUUGCAGAGCCUUUUCCUUUAUAUGUUUGCUGUGAUUGGUCGUGGACUAUUCUACGAGAUUUCGCCCAGUAGAUUUGGUAACCUUGGGAAAGCAUUCUUUACUCUGUUCCAGCUCAUCACGCUGGAUGACUGGUUCUACAUGUACAGUGAUGUCGUAAAGAUAGAUCCUGGAUAUGGAUACAUUAUUCUAUACCUCAUUAUCUACAUUGUCCUGGAAAAUUUCAUUUUUAUGAAUUUAUUUGUAGCUGUACUAGUGGAUAACUUUCAACGAACCCUAGCAGCUUUGGAAGAGAAAGGUCACAAAAAGAGUGGAGUUCAAAUAAGAAGCGUCUUUGCUGGGGAUGAGAUUGGGAAUGAAGAUGUCGAGUCAUUUGAGUCAUCUUUCUCCGAGGAAUCUGAUGAUGACAUUGAUGUCCAGGAAGAACUCGAAGAGGAAGCACAUUGGAAGCCAAAGAAAGUGGAAGAUUUUUAUCACGCUGACAAGUUUCCCGACAACAGGAUGCGAGAGUCGAUGUCACAGUUUUUUAUGUUGCUGACUUCACUUGAAUACAACAUGCAACACAUGCAAAGGUCGCAGGCCACCGCGGAUGACCUUAUUGAUAUCACAGUCACGGUUCCCGAUGUUCCUGAAGAACUUCUGUAAGUUUGGUCAAAGCAACCGGCAAGGAAACCGGAUUCAGUCCGUUAAUACGUAAACGAAACAAUGAAGAUAGCAUAGCAGGAUUUAAUGGGAAUUUGCAAAAUAUACUUCAUCCCAUUACAGUAACCCGYAUAGUUUUCUAGUCUUCGUUUGCUAACAAUUACAAAGCUGUUAUUUCACGGGUUUAAUGAAAUCAUUAUUUUUUCGUGAUUUCAUGUGAAUCUUUAUACAGUAAAAAGUUAUUUCAAAGAUCUAUUUCACUCGUAUUUUAAUUUCUACCCCUUCCCGGUUUUCGUCCUCUUCUUCCUCUGUCUGGGCCUUUGCCCCUUUUAUUGUGAAAUGAGCAUUUUUC